AUGGCGCGGUUCCUGACACUUUGCACCUGGCUGCUGGCGCUCAGCGCCGGGCUCCUGGCCACCGUGCGGGCGGAAUGCAGCCAGGACUGCGCCACGUGCAGCUACCUCCUGGCGCGCCCCGCCGACAUCGACCCGCUGGCUUGCACCCUGGAAUGUGAGGGGAAGCUGCCCUCCCUCAACACCUGGGACGCCUGCAAGGAGCUGCUGCAGCUGUCCACGCUGGAGCUCCCUCCAGAGGGCACCAGCGCCCUCAGAGAGAGCAGCCGGCCCGCCGAGAGCCACUUGCUGGCCAAGAAGUACGGGGGCUUCAUGAAAAGGUAUGGGGGCUUCAUGAAGAAAGCCGACGAGCUUUCUCCUCCGGAGCCAGAAGAGGAGGCCGACGGAGGUGAGACCCCGGCCAAGAGAUACGGAGGCUUCAUGAAGAAGGAUGCAGGCGAGGAUGAGGCUCUGGGCAAUGCCUUGGACCCCCUGAAGGAGCUGCUGGGCACCGGGGACCACCGCGAGAGCAGCCCCCACCAAGAGGCCGGUGAUGAAGAAGUGAGCAAGAGGUACGGGGGCUUCAUGAGAGGCUUGAAGAGAAGCCCCCAGCUGGAAGAGGAAGCCAAGGAGCUGCAGAAGCGAUACGGGGGCUUCAUGAGAAGAGUGGGCCGCCCCGAGUGGUGGAUGGACUACCAGAAGAGGUACGGGGGCUUCCUGAAGCGCUUCGCCGACUCUCUGCCCCCCAACGAAGAAGGGGAGAAUUACUCCAAAGAAGCACCUGACAUGGAGAAACGAUAUGGAGGGUUUAUGAGGUUUUAA